CGAAUCUACCGCCGCAACACCCAACAGCUGCUUCCGCUUCCUGCGCGUCCCGCGAGGUGACGUCACUUCCAGCAAAAACAGCAAACGUCAAACCUGCCAGGCAAGGGGACAGGGUGCUGGCGGUCUCUCUGCUUGCUGAGGGGUUUCUGCUGCUCUCACCGCCUCUCGCACCGCCGGGGGCUGCUCAGCCACCUCCUGCCCGGCGAGGCUCACGCACGGACUCGGGCCGGGCUCGUCGCGGCGGCGGUUGGGACCCGAACUCGCACAGCAGGCUCACAGAUGGGUCAGGGACUCUGGAGAGUUGCUAGGAGCCAGCAACUGCAACACCAAGGAUACAGUGGACAAGGCUAUUUUACCAGAGAACAUGGUAGGAGGAUAGCUACCAACAGUGUUUCCAAUACAAGCCAUCGAAAACAAGCCCAAGGAGGCAUUGAUAUCUACCACCUGUUGAAGACCAGAAAAACUAAAGAACAAGAAGGAUUCAUUAACCUGGAAAUGCUGCCACCAGAGCUUAGUUUUACCAUUUUGUCAUACCUGAAUGCAACUGAUCUCUGUCUAGCUUCAUGCGUCUGGCAGGAUCUUGCUAAUGAUGAGCUUCUUUGGCAAGGGUUGUGCAAAUCCACUUGGGGUCACUGUUCUAUAUACAAUAAGAAUCCACCUCUAGGAUUUUCUUUUAGAAAAUUGUAUAUGCAGCUAGAUGAGGGCAGUCUCACCUUUAAUGCCAACCCUGAUGAGGGAGUCAACUACUUUAUGUCCAAGGGCAUACUAGAUGAUUCGCCAAAAGAAAUAGCUAAGUUUAUCUUUUGCACAAGAACACUAAAUUGGAAGAAGCUGAGAAUCUACCUUGAUGAAAGGCGAGAUGUUUUGGAUGACCUUGUGACGCUGCAUAACUUCAGAAAUCAGUUCUUGCCAAAUGCACUGAGAGAGUUCUUCAGACACAUUCAUGCUCCUGAGGAGCGUGGGGAGUACCUUGAGACUCUCAUAACAAAGUUUUCUCACCGAUUCUGUGCUUGUAACCCUGAUUUGAUGAGAGAGCUUGGCCUUAGCCCUGAUGCAGUUUACGUACUGUGUUACUCUUUGAUUCUACUUUCCAUUGACCUAACAAGCCCUCACGUGAAGAACAAAAUGUCAAAGAGGGAAUUCAUCCGAAAUACACGGCGAGCUGCACAGAAUAUCAGUGAAGAUUUUGUAGGGCACCUUUAUGACAACAUCUACCUUAUUGGCCACGUGGCUGCCUAAAAGCACAAUUUCCUAGCACUUAAAAUUUGUGAUUUUCAAAAGCUACAUCAAUUCAAGAAAUUAUUUUGUAGAGAUGGGGGUUAUUUUAGUGCUGGUCAUUCUAACCUCUGUAUGCAAUCAAAGUUUGUGUGUGUAAGUGUGUGUGUGUGUAAACUACCUUUUCUAUCUAUUUACCACGGGAAUAGAAAGAUUUGGAGAUCUGUUUUUCAUAAGUUUUUUAGUUUUGCACAAAACCACAGCCUGAAGCAGCCAUUUACAAAUGUUAAACUGACAUUACGAUCUAAGCUGACAAAGUGGUGGAUUUGUGCAUUAGAUCUGCUUGAAACUUUAAGAAGUUCAUUCUUUUUAGAAUACCAUGUAAUAUGUAUAUAUUUAACUAAAGAGAUUUAUAAUCAUAAUUAUUUUAUUGUAAAAUAUUUUAACUAAAAUUUCUUCUUUUAUCUCUUAAAUGUUGUACUUCUUUCUUUUGAAUUUUUUUACAGUGCUGACUACCUCAGAUACAUAAUUUAGAGAAAUAUUGGUCUGAAUACUCCAAUAAAGUUUACUCUAGGAGAUAGCAGAACACUUGUAAAAUAUCUAAGAUGGUAUCUAAUACUGCAUUGACUAACUUAAAUUAGCAUAUUGCCAACCUGCUAUUCACUCAGUUUUAAAGAAGAUUAUAACCGCUAGUUUAGAUGAAUCCUGAUGUCAUACAGGGACAGCCUAGGGAAAUCAUGCAGUUUACCUGGACAGUUUACUUAACCUAUAUUGCAGAUGCUAGUUAUUGGGGACAUAGGACAACCACAAUUAUCUAUUCAGCAUGGUAAGAAAGGAAAAAUCUCAACAGGGAAAGUGGUAGGGGCAGCUAACAUAUUGCUACUUUCAACUGCUUCCCUCAGUCUAGAAGUGUCAAUGAUGGAAAUGCCUAGGCAAAUAUAUACCAGAUGACUCGUUGCUAAAGCUGUUAAAAACUGACUGUGCAAGAUCAGAGCAGUGACUGUGCAGGACUGGAGAGGUGGCUUGGACUCGGAUACUCCUUCUAAGUCUGACAUGUAGCUAGGUUUUAAAUAGUUCUGGAUUUAUGAAAAUACUUCAGAUAUGGUCUUGGUCAGGUUGUGUUUCACAUUUUCUGAAGUGCAUAGAAUAUUAAUAGUGCAACUGCUGUGCAUGUGCAGGAACUGAAUAAGGAUUUGCCUGGUUUUUGUUCAGAUAUCUCAUAGAGCAGUGCUUUUCUUAAAUUGUCAUACUGUGUAGUUGAAAUCAGCUGUUCCUGAUUAUGUUUGUUUACAUAAUAUUCAGCUAUUGCUAGCAUCUGGAUUCAUCAUGGUAACAAGUAGAUUUAUCCUUUUUCCCUAUCACACCAUGAGGUGAGGUAGGAAGAUACUCUUAGUUCUGUUUUACAGAUUAGUCUGAUUUUUGUGUGUGUGUGUGUGUGUGUAGAAAGCCUAUGGCAGAGCAAAGGAUUGGAUGCAAGUCAUCCUCCUCAUAGGCAUGCACUUUGCCCACACUGCUGCUUUCCAUUUGGCACCUGGGGAGUGUUACAUUUGUCUUGGAUGCCAGAAGAACAAUGACAAUGACAGCACACAAAAGGGCUACAUAAAUGACAGGGAGGAAACAAUGUAGCUACUGCUGCAAUUUCAAGUGUUUAAUACGUUUUGGUUAUAGCUCUGGUCCACAUGCAAAAAUGCACCCAGAAAAAGCUGUGGGGUUUUUAUUACUCUACUUUUAAUCAAGAGAAAAUGCCAUUUGUAUUUGUAGCAUACACAGCCAAAGCCAGGAGCCAGCAGCAGCACAGCUAUUUUUGAGGCAGGUUUUACAGUGUUCCUCCCCUCUCUUAGGAUAACUUCAUCCUGUAUCAUUUCAUAUAUUUCAGGAAGCCCAAGGAUGCAUUCCACAGUGGUUGAUUAGUAUCAAGCACAAAUAAAGAUUAUAUGGUAUGGUGGGGAGCUUUGUUUAACGCACAACUAUCUGGUCCUGUUAAAACACAAAAACAAAACCAAAACAAA